AUGUUUCGCAAUUCUUUCAAGCUUUUCGGAAACCAAAUAAGAAGCCUCUCUACUCAAACACGUCAAGCUCUUGAGCUAGCCGUUAAAGAGGAUCCCGUCGUUUUAUUCAUGAAGGGAACUCCUAACCAACCUAUGUGUGGAUUCUCUUUGCGCGCCAUCCAAGUCUUGUCAAUGGAAAACGUCGCUACCGACAAAUUGGCCACCUAUAAUGUGCUCAGCAAUGAAGAAUUGCGCGAUGGAAUCAAGGAAUUUAGUGACUGGCCCACAGUUCCACAGCUUUAUAUAAAUGGCGAGUUUGUUGGCGGUUGUGACAUUCUCAUGUCUAUGCACAAGUCUGGGGAACUUCACAAAAUUUUAGGGGAGAUCAAAGCUUUAGCGCCUACCAAGCCUGAAGGCGAAACCGCUGGCGCCAAUUAA